AUGUCCCUGGCUCAAAGGGUCUUGUUAACCUGGGUCUUCACCCUGGUCUUCCUGACUUUGCUAGUCCUCAAACUGGAUGGAAAGGUGCAGUGGAACUGGUUCCUCAUCUUCCUACCUGUAUGGGUCUUUGACGGCAUUCUCCUUCUAAUGCUCACCAUCAAAAUGGCCGGUCGCUGCAAGCCGGGUUUCGACCCGCGGAACGGCUCGCCGGACCUGCGUUUACGCGCCUGGUACCUGGCGGCCAUGCUGCUAAAGCUAGCCUUCUGCCUGACGCUGUGCGCCAAGCUGGAGAAGCUAGCAGAGGUGAAGCUGACUUUGGUGUGCAUCCCUUUGUGGACCAUGCUGCUGGGGGCGCUGGUCGAGCUGGGCCUCAACAUCUUUCCUGAGAGGAGAGACGCCUGA